AUGGCAUCCUCGAAUCCAGAAACCGCACCGAAUCCAGMGACAGACUCAACAUUCCUGACCUGGUCCAACUUCUUCUCCAUCCUCACCAACCGCGCCGACCCCAAAACCCGCCACGCAUACUUCAAAGAGCGCGACAUCCUCAACGAGAAGCGUGACUGCGCCCGCUGUGAUGAAGACGUCGCCUUCCUAUUCAAAGCCUCACCAAUCGUGACUUUUCUAAAACACAACAUCGACCUCCUCAGUCCUCCGAAUGGCAAAGCUUCCAUCUCCCCAGCCAACGUCCACUGCCGCCGGUGCGAAGAAGGCGUCCAAUCCGGCGGCUUCUCCGCCGACCACGGCAUCAUGCUCUGCGCGAAUCAAUUUCGCUCUAGGGGACAUUUAGAAGAUACUCUUGCACACGAGAUGGUUCACGCAUAUGAUCACUUGCGCUUCAAACUGGAUCCGGAGAAUUUGAGACAUGCGGCGUGUAUGGAGAUUCGAGCGAGUAUGCUGAGUGGGGAGUGUAGAUUCACACGGGAGUUCUUUACGAGAGGGCAAUGGAAUAUCACGCAGCAGCUGCAGGAAUGUGUGAGGAGAAGGGCGAGUUUGAGUGUCGCGGCGAGGAAGGCUUGUAAGAGUGAUGUGGAGGCUGUGAGGGCUGUGGAUGAGGUUUGGGAGAGCUGUUUUAGCGAUACGCGGCCGUUUGAUGAGAUUUAUAGAUAA